AUGGAAAUCCAAACCACUGUGAAUGAGUUUAUUAUCUUGGGACUUUCUAGUGACCAACACAUCCAAAUUUUACUGUUCUGUGUGUUUUUGGUGAUAUACCUUAUCAUCCUAGUAGGGAAUGCAGUCAUCAUGUUGGUUAUAAGAGCUGAUUCUCACCUUCAAACUCCCAUGUAUUUCUUCCUGUCUCAUCUGUCCUUUAUUGAUAUCUUCUAUUUCUCAGUCACUGUCCCUAAAAUGCUGGUGAAUUUCCUGGCAACACAUAAAACCAUUUCUGUCAAUGCUUGCUUUACCCAGAUGUUCUUUAUCCUUCUCUCAGGUGGUAGUGAAGUAUCCAUGCUCUCAGUAAAGGCUUAUGACCGUUAUGCUGCCAUAUGCAACGCCCUGCAUUAUGCGGGGACUAUGAACAAAAGGGUGUGCAGGCAGCUAGUGUGUCUUUCCUGGACAAUAGGUCUGAUUGAUUCACUGGUAAAUACAGUUCCUGUAUUCAAGCUGCACUUUUGUGGGCCCAGUGAAAUUAGGCAUUUUACCCAUCAGCUUCCCUUACUACUAGCACUGUCUUGCACUGAGACACUUGCCAGCACAAUAGUUCUUCUUUCUUCUGUUCUGAUAAUUGGUUUUGGCAUUUUUUUUCUUACACUGGUUUCUUAUAUUAAUAUUAUCUCUACCAUCCUGAGGAUCAGCUCUGCAGAGGGAAGGAGAAAAGCCUUCUCCACCUGCAGCUCCCACCUCAUUGUGGUGGCUUUACUGUAUGUGACAGCUUUUGCCCAAUACAUGAACUCCAGUUAUGUUUCUUCAUUUGUCCUAGAUCAAGUUUUUUUGGGGGGGGGUUUCCCCCAAUCCAGGACAGUAUCUUAA